AUGCGUUACUCUCUCAUCAACGGCCUUCUUCUGUUGGCUGUUUCGCCAAUGACUUCUUUGGCUUUGCCAGUCGACCCCAAUGAUCAGUCUGGUGUCUGGGACCCUAGUGGCCAGUACCGCAAGGGCCACUAUGAGAACGGCCAGUUCGUUCCCAACGCUGGCUCAAACUACGACAAUGGCCAAUACAACAAUGGCCAGUAUAACAAUGGUCAAUACAACAACGGCCAGUACAACAAUGGCCAGUACAACGACCAAGACCAGACUGGCGAAUACAACAACGGCGGAUACGAUAAUGAUGAGUACACCAAUGGCCAGAACAACUACCAGCGCCGUGGCCGGAUCGGCCGCCCCUUUGGCAAUGACCGCCCCCGCGUCGGUGUCCCUGGAGUUGGUGUCCCUGGUGUCGGUCUUCCUGGUAUUAGCCUCAAGGCCCGCAACUGGCCUUAUGAUAACAACAACAACCAAAAUGGCUGGACUGAUGCCAACGGUCAGUGGCACUCAAACAACAACCAAAAUGGUUGGACCGAUGCCAACGGCCAGUGGCACUCCAACAACAACCAGAAUGGUUGGACUGAUGCAAAUGGCCAAUGGCACGCAACUGCCAAGCGUGGUGUCUCUAUGCCCGGCGCUGCCAGCGUUCCCAACAUUGGAGCUGCUAACCUUGGCGCUGGUAUUCCUGGUGUUCCUGGUGUCCCCAGCAUGCCCGGCGUCCCCGCCGCUGGAGCUGGUGCCACAAACCUCGGCGCUAUGAACGGUGCUAGCGGUGCCAAUGGUGCCACUGGAGCUACGAACCUCGGUGCACUGACUGGUGCUAACGGUGCUAACGGGGCUACUGGUACGAACGGCGCUACUGGUACCAACGGUGCUAGCUACCCUGCCCAAUCUGGUGUUUCUGGUCUUCACGCCCGCUGGAACCGCCCAGAGAACUCUGACAACUACGACAACGACAACUAUGACAACGAGAACAAUGGCUACUACGGCGAUAACAGCCGCGAGAGUGAGCGCGAGCAGGACCGUGAAGAGGAUCGCCAGGACGCUGCCGCCAUCACAGCCGGUGUUCUCUCCAACCUGAAGGCCCGCCACUACCCCAAUGGCGACUACGAUGAUGACUACUACAACAACUAUGACGGUGAGAGCCAGCGCGAGCGCGAGCAGCACCGCGAGGAAGACCGUGAAGAUGCCGCCGAUGCUGCCGAUGCCGCGACAUCCGUCCUGACCGGUCUUAAGGCCCGCCACUUCCCUGGCAACGAGUACCACGACAGCGAGCGCCUGAACCACGCUGCCGCUGAGGCUCUGACCCACACUCCCACCAUCAGCGUCAAGCGCUGGUGGCCCUUCAGCAGCUGGAACCGCAACAACGACAACAACAACAACGAUGACUACGAGUACAACGACAAGUGCAAGAACGGUGACUACAACGAUGAGUCUGGAUGGGACUGCCAAUCCGACUGGAAUGCGAACCGCUACUCUACUCCCACUCCUCGUGUCUGGGCCCGCGGUCAGGAGACUAAGGCCAACUCCCCUUACCCCCAGGCUACCGGUGUUUCUGGUAUGAUGAACGGUGCCCAGAAGGGUGCUGAGGGUGACUACCGCCACGACCACCACAACCAGGAGAACAAAUACCUCAAGGCUACUGGCACCAUGGCUCAGUAA